UUCAGCCAAACUUCGGGCGGCGGCUGAGGCGGUGCCGGGGAGCGGCUGAUUCGUGGGUUUGGGGCACCGCCGACGCAUUCAAACUCGAGCUGCGGAACGUAGCGCGUGGCCGUGAGCUGAAGCACCCGGAGGAGGAGCGGACAGAGCGGGAGGGUUGGGGGGACCCCGGGUUGGGACCCCCCUCCUCAUGUGGAUCUGCCCCGGCGGCGGCGGCGGCGGCGGCGCUGGAGGAGGCGACCGAGAAGAUGCCCGCGCUGCGCCCCGCUCCUCUGUGGGCGCUGCUGGCGCUGUGUCUGUGCCGAGCCGACCCCGCGCGUGCACUGCAGUGUCGAGAUGACCAAGAGCCCUGUGUAAAUAAAGGAAUUUGUAUUACCUACCACAAUGGCACUGGAUACUGCAAAUGUUCAGAAGGCUUCUUGGGAGAAUAUUGUCAACAUCGAGACCCCUGUGAGACAAAUCGAUGCCAAAAUGGUGGGACCUGUGUGGCCCAGGCCAUGUUGGGGAAAGCCACCUGCCGAUGUGCCCCAGGGUUCACCGGGGAAGACUGCCAGCACUCCACCUCUCACCCCUGCUUUGUGUCUCGCCCCUGCCUGAAUGGGGGUACCUGCCACAUGCUCAGCCGGGAAACCUAUGAGUGCACCUGCCAAGUGGGUUUUACAGGGAAGCUGUGCCAGUGGACUGAUGCCUGCCUGUCUCACCCAUGUGCAAACGGAAGUACCUGUACUACUGUGGCCAAUCAGUUCUCCUGCAAGUGCCCCGCAGGCUUCACAGGGCAGAAGUGUGAGGCUGAUGUCAAUGAGUGUGACAUCCCAGGACAGUGCCGGCAUGGUGGCACCUGCCUCAACCUGCCUGGCUCUUACCAGUGCCAGUGUCCCCAGGGCUUCACUGGCCAGCACUGCGACAGCCCCUAUGUGCCCUGUGCACCCUCCCCCUGUGCCAAUGGAGGCACCUGCCGGCAGACUGGUGACUUUACUUUUGAAUGCAACUGUCUUCCAGGUUUUGAAGGCAGCACCUGUGAGCGAAACGUUGACGACUGCCCUAACCACCGGUGUCAGAAUGGAGGGGUUUGUGUGGAUGGGGUCAACACGUACAACUGCCGCUGUCCUCCGCAAUGGACAGGGCAAUUCUGCACGGAGGACGUGGAUGAGUGCCUGCUGCAACCCAAUGCUUGUCAGAAUGGAGGAACCUGUACCAACAGCAAUGGGGGCUAUGGCUGCGUGUGUGUGAAUGGCUGGAGUGGAGAUGAUUGCAGUGAAAACAUCGAUGACUGUGCCUUUGCCUCCUGCACUGCAGGUUCUACCUGCAUCGACCGUGUGGCCUCCUUCUCUUGCAUGUGUCCAGAAGGAAAGGCAGGUCUCCUGUGUCAUCUGGAUGAUGCCUGCAUCAGCAAUCCUUGCCACAAGGGUGCGCUGUGUGACACCAACCCCCUGAAUGGGCAGUACAUCUGCACCUGCCCACAGGGCUACAAGGGGGCAGACUGCACCGAAGAUGUGGAUGAGUGUGCCAUGGCCAACAGCAAUCCUUGUGAGCAUGCAGGAAAGUGUGUGAAUACAGAUGGAGCCUUCCAUUGUGAAUGCCUCAAGGGCUAUGCAGGGCCUCGCUGCGAGAUGGACAUCAAUGAGUGUCACUCGGACCCCUGUCAGAAUGAUGCCACCUGCCUGGAUAAGAUCGGGGGCUUCACAUGUCUAUGCAUGCCAGGUUUCAAAGGUGUGCAUUGUGAACUGGAGAUCAACGAAUGCCAGAGUAACCCUUGUGUGAACAACGGGCAGUGUGUGGACAAAGUCAAUCGCUUCCAGUGUCUGUGUCCCCCUGGUUUCACAGGCCCAGUGUGCCAGAUUGACAUCGAUGAUUGUUCCAGUACUCCAUGCCUGAAUGGGGCCAAGUGCAUUGAUCACCCGAAUGGCUAUGAAUGCCAAUGUGCCACAGGCUUUACUGGCGUGUUAUGUGAGGAGAAUGUCGACAACUGUGACCCUGACCCUUGCCAUCAUGGGCAGUGCCAGGACGGGAUUGAUUCCUACACCUGCCUCUGCAACCCCGGCUACAUGGGGGCCAUCUGCAGUGACCAGAUAGACGAGUGUUACAGCAGCCCCUGCUUGAAUGAAGGACGCUGCAUUGACCUGGUGAACGGCUACCAGUGCAACUGCCAGCCAGGCACGUCAGGAGUUAAUUGUGAAAUCAAUUUUGAUGACUGUGCUAGCAACCCUUGUGUUCAAGGCUCCUGUGUUGAUGGCAUCAAUCGCUACAGUUGUGUCUGCUCACCUGGGUUCACAGGGCAAAGAUGCAAUAUUGACAUCGAUGAGUGUGCCUCCAAUCCCUGUCGCAAGGGUGCAACCUGCAUCAAUGAUGUGAAUGGUUUCCGCUGCAUGUGUCCAGAAGGACCCCAUCACCCCAGUUGCUACUCCCGGGUGAACGAAUGCUUGAGCAGCCCUUGCAUCCAUGGCAACUGCACUGGGGGCCUCAGUGGGUACAAGUGCCUCUGUGAUGCAGGCUGGGUUGGCACCAACUGUGAAGUAGACAGAAACGAAUGUCUCUCUAACCCAUGCCAGAAUGGAGGGACGUGUGAUAAUCUGGUGAAUGGAUACAGGUGUACUUGCAAAAAGGGCUUCAAAGGCUACAACUGCCAGGUGAAUAUUGAUGAGUGUGCCUCCAACCCCUGUCUCAACCAAGGAACCUGCUUUGAUGACAUCAGUGGCUACACUUGCCACUGUGUGCUGCCCUACACAGGCAAGAACUGUCAGACUGUGUUGGCUCCCUGUUCCCCAAACCCUUGUGAGAAUGCUGCCAUUUGUAAAGAGGCAUCAAAUUUUGAGAGUUAUACCUGCUUGUGUGCUCCUGGGUGGCGAGGUCAGCGGUGUACCAUUGACAUUGACGAGUGUGUGUCCAAGCCUUGCAUGAAUCAAGGCCUCUGCCACAACACCCAGGGCAGCUACAUGUGUGAGUGUCCACCAGGCUUCAGUGGGAUGGACUGUGAAGAGGACAUUGAUGACUGCCUUGCCAACCCUUGCCAGAAUGGAGGCUCCUGUGUCGAUGGAGUGAACACCUUCUCCUGCCUCUGCCUUCCUGGUUUCACUGGGGAAAAGUGCCAGGCAGACAUGAAUGAGUGUCUGAGCGAACCCUGCAAGAAUGGUGGUACCUGCUCUGACUAUGUCAACAGCUAUACCUGCAAGUGCCAGGCAGGGUUUGAUGGCGUGCACUGUGAGAACAACAUCGAUGAGUGCACAGAGAGUUCCUGUUUCAAUGGUGGCACAUGUAUCGAUGGAAUCAGCUCCUUCUCCUGCUUGUGCCCUGUGGGUUUCACGGGUCCCUUUUGCCUCCAUGAGAUCAAUGAGUGCAACUCUCAUCCGUGCCUGAAUGAGGGAACCUGUGUUGAUGGCCUGGGUACCUACCGCUGUACCUGCCCCUUGGGCUACACUGGGAAAAACUGUCAGACCUUGGUGAGCCUUUGCAGCCGAUCUCCAUGUAAAAACCAAGGCACUUGCAUCCAGGAGAAGGCAGAGUCCCGGUGUCUGUGUCCAUCUGGAUGGACUGGUGCAUACUGCGAUGUGCCCAACGUGCCCUGUGAGGUGGCUGCCCUGCGCAAAAAAGUGCAUGUUGAUCACCUGUGCCAAAACUCAGGCGUCUGCAUCAGUGCUGGCAACACCCAUCACUGCCAGUGCCCUCCGGGCUACACAGGGAGCUACUGCGAGGAGCAGCUGGACGAGUGUGCAUCCAAUCCCUGUCAGCACGGCGCCACCUGCAGUGACUUCACUGGGGGAUACCGGUGUGAGUGUGUUCCAGGUUAUCAGGGUGUGAACUGUGAGUAUGAAGUUGAUGAGUGCCAGAACCAGCCAUGCCAGAACGGAGGCACCUGUGUCGACCUUGUGAACCAUUUCAAGUGCUCCUGCCCACCUGGCACUCGGGGCCUACUUUGUGAAGAGAACAUUGAUGACUGUGCUGGGGGUCCCCACUGCCUGAAUGGGGGCCAGUGUGUGGACAGGAUUGGGGGCUAUAAUUGUCUCUGCCUGCCUGGCUUUGCCGGGGAACGGUGUGAAGGGGACAUCAACGAGUGCCUCUCCAGCCCCUGCAACUCUGAGGGCAGCCUGGACUGUAUCCAGCUCACCAAUGACUACCAGUGUGUCUGCCGAAGUGCCUUCACUGGCCGCCACUGUGAAACCUUCAUGGAUGUGUGUCCCCAGAUGCCCUGCCUGAAUGGAGGGACAUGUGCUGUGGCCAGAAACAUGCCUGAUGGCUUCAUUUGUCUCUGUCCCCCUGGAUUCUCUGGGGCAAAAUGCCAGAGCAGCUGUGGACAGGUGAAGUGCCGGAGAGGAGAGCACUGUGUGCACACUGCCUCGGGACCCCGCUGCUUCUGCCCCAACCCUCAGGACUGCGAGUCAGGCUGUGCCAGUAACCCCUGCCAGCACGGGGGCAGCUGCCGCCCUCAGCACCACCCUCCUUACUACUCAUGCCAUUGCUCUCCACCUUUCUGGGGCAGACAGUGUGAGCUGUACCCUGUCCCCACCAGCACCCCUGCAGCCACCUGUCUGAGUCAGUACUGCAUCGACAAAGCUCGGGAUGGGGUCUGCGAUGAGGCCUGCAACAGCCACGCCUGCCAGUGGGACGGGGGCGACUGUUCCCUCACCAUGGAGAACCCCUGGGCCAACUGUACCGCACCCAUCCCCUGCUGGGACUAUAUCAACAACCAGUGUGACCAACUGUGUAACACCGCUGAGUGCCUGUUUGACAACUUCGAAUGUCAGGGCAACAGCAAGACAUGCAAGUAUGACAAGUACUGUGCAGACCACUUCAAAGACAACCACUGCGACCAGGGCUGCAACAGUGAAGAGUGUGGCUGGGAUGGGCUGGACUGUGCUGCUGACCGGCCCGAGAACCUGGCGGAGGGCACUCUGGUCAUAGUGGUGCUGCUUCCCCCAGAGCAGCUGCUCCAGGACUCACGCAGCUUCCUGCGGGCCCUGGGCACCCUGCUCCACACCAACCUUCGCAUUAAGCGGGACUCCCAGGGGAGCCUCAUGGUGUACCCGUACUAUGGUGAGAAGCCAGCUGCCUUGAAGAAGCAGAAGGUGGCACGGAGGUCUCUUCCUGAUGAACACGAUCAGGAGGUUGCUGGCUCUAAGGUGUUUCUGGAAAUUGACAACCGCCAGUGUGUCCAAGAUUCGGACCAGUGCUUCAAGAACACUGAUGCUGCAGCAGCUCUGCUGGCUUCUCACGCUAUUCAGGGGACUCUGUCAUACCCUCUUGUGUCUGUUGUCAGUGAAUCCAUACCUCCAGGCCACACCCAGCUUCUCUAUCUCCUUGCUGUUGCUAUUGUCAUUAUCCUGUUUAUUAUCCUGCUGGGGGUCAUCAUGGCAAAACGGAAACGGAAACAUGGCUUCCUCUGGCUACCUGAAGGUUUCACUCUUCGUCGAGAUUCCAGCAAUCACAAGCGUCGUGAGCCGGUGGGACAGGAUGCCGUGGGACUUAAAAAUCUCAAAGUACAAGUCUCAGAGGCCAACUUAAUUGGUUCUGGAACAAGCGAACAUUGGGUAGAUGAUGAAGGACCCCAGCCAAAGAAAGCGAAGCCUGAAGACGAGGCUUUACUCUCAGAAGAUGACCCCAUUGACCGACGCCCAUGGACACAGCAGCACCUGGAAGCCGCUGACAUCCGUCGGACACCGUCACUGGCUCUCACUCCUCCUCAGGCAGAGCAGGAGGUGGACGUGUUGGAUGUGAAUGUCCGGGGCCCAGAUGGGUGCACCCCGCUGAUGCUGGCUUCUCUUCGGGGAGGCAGCUCAGACGUGAGUGAUGAAGAUGAGGAUGCCGAGGACUCCGCUGCCAACAUCAUCACCGACUUGGUGUACCAGGGCGCCAGCCUCCAGGCGCAGACAGACCGGACUGGUGAGAUGGCCCUGCACCUUGCAGCCCGCUACUCAAGAGCUGAUGCGGCCAAGCGCCUCCUGGAUGCAGGAGCCGAUGCCAAUGCCCAGGACAAUAUGGGCCGCUGCCCCCUCCAUGCUGCAGUGGCUGCGGAUGCCCAAGGCGUCUUCCAGAUUCUGAUCCGCAGCCGAGUCACUGAUCUAGAUGCCAGAAUGAAUGAUGGCACUACACCCCUGAUCCUGGCUGCCCGUCUGGCUGUAGAGGGCAUGGUGGCAGAGCUCAUCAACUGCCAAGCAGACGUGAAUGCAGUGGACGACCAUGGAAAAUCUGCUCUGCACUGGGCUGCUGCUGUCAAUAACGUGGAGGCCACUCUUCUACUGUUGAAAAACGGGGCCAACCGAGACAUGCAGGACAACAAGGAAGAGACGCCGCUCUUUCUUGCUGCGCGGGAGGGGAGCUAUGAAGCGGCCAAGAUCCUGCUAGACCAUUUUGCCAAUCGGGAUAUCACCGACCAUAUGGACCGUCUCCCCAGGGACGUGGCCCGCGACCGCAUGCACCAUGACAUCGUGCGCCUCCUGGAUGAGUACAACGUGACGCCCAGCCCGCCGGGGGCAGUGCUGACUUCCGCCCUUUCCCCCGUCAUCUGUGGGCCCAACAGGGCUUUCCUCAGUCUGAAGCACACCCCCAUGGGCAAGAAGCCGAGACGGCCCAACACCAAGAGCGCCGUGCCCACCAGCCUCCCCAGCCUAGCCAAGGGGGCCAAGGGGAAUCGGCGCAAGAAGUCCCUGAGCGAGAAGGUGCAGCUGUCGGAGAGCUCCGUGACCUUAUCCCCAGUGGACUCCCUGGAGUCGCCUCACACCUAUGUGUCUGACGCCACCUCCUCCCCGAUGCUCACGUCCCCGGGGCUCCUGCAGGCCUCCCCCAACCCUCUGCUGGCCACGCCGGCCGCCCCCGCCCGCGCGCAGCACGCGCUCUCCUUCUCUAACCUCCACGACAUGCAGCCCGUGGCCCCCGGGGCGGGCACGGUGCUCCCCUCGGUCAGCCAGCUGCUGGCCCACCACCACAUCAUCCCCCCCAGCGGCGCCUCCGUGGCCGGGCCCUUGCCCGCCAUGUAUCAGAUCCCAGAGAUGGCCCGGCUGCCCAGCGUGGCGUUCCCCGCCGCCAUGAUGCCCCAGCAGGACGGGCAGGGCGCGCACACCAUUCUCCCCGCCUACCACCCCUUCCCCGCCUCCGUGGGCAAGUACCCCACCCCUCCCUCCCAGCACAGCUACGCCUCCUCCAGUGCUGCCGAGCGAACCCCCAGCCACAGUGGCCCCCUGCCGGGCGAGCACCCCUACCUGACUCCAUCCCCAGAGUCGCCGGACCAGUGGUCAAGUUCCUCGCCCCACUCUGCUUCCGACUGGUCAGAUGUGACCACCAGCCCCACUCCCGGCGGCGCUGCAGGCGUGCAGCGCGGAACUGGGACACACAUGGCCGAGCCGCCACACAGCAAGAUGCAGGUGUACGCCUGAAGAGCAAGCGUCCGUGCAGACAGCCGCUGCUCCAAAACGCUGCUGAGGAACAAAUGAAGGUCAUCGGGAAGUAGAUGAAGAAAUCUCAGUAACCAGCUUUGGGAGGCGAGAGAGAGGAGAUGCUUCUGGCUCACAGCCGCCCAGCUCCGCUGGGUCCCUGCGAGGCCCGUGGGGAGGGCCUGGCUCCUCCCCGGCCCUUGCCCAGCAGACUAAGGCCCGGGACACGCAGGGAACACGCACUCGGGGGCCGUGUGCCUCUCUUCUUGUCCUAGAACAAGAUGGAUGCCUUUUGUAGCCCAGACAUGCUUGCAGCUCGGACUGCAUUUUAAGCCCUAGGGAGGGCUUCUGCUCUAUGCUAGAAGAUUCUACACAAGGGUCCGAUUGGAAAAUGCAUGCUGGAACUGUGCCACUGGCUCGCCUCCUCGACCUUGGAAAUCCUUUCUGCUUCACCCUGUGUUUUCCUCUGGGUACAGUGAACGUUGGGACGAA